AAUUUUUUUUUAUCAAUGUUUCGGCCUGGCCCGAAGGCUCACCUUUUACUAAACCCCCUGCUCACAUACCUUAUAAAAAGGAUAUAGAUACUCUUUUUCCCUCAUUGUUUAUUUUCUUUUUCCCUUUGAACGGUUUCCUACAGCUUCUUUAAUUUUUCAAUAUUUUCUUUGCGCUUAUCUGCUGUUAUAUACUUAUUUCUUCCUCUUCUCCAAACUUUUCUUUUCUCUCACUGCUAUCCACAUUCUUAUGAUUUCAACUUUACCGGCUGAGAUAGUAUGGCAAAUUAUAUCGUAUUUAUCCUUGAAGGAUAUCAGUUUAUUGCGACUGUCGUCAAAACGAUUACGCACGUUUUGUGACCACCCAGCGGUUUGGCGCGAUCUGCAACUCAAUCCGUCAAUGCUGUCAUCCGCAUCCACUUGCCACAAAACAUGUACUUUGUGGACAUUAGCCGAUCUGCAAGCCAUUGUCGGACCCCAUGUCAGCCACAUUCGAUCGAUUCAAAUAUGGGGCGUCCGUGACAGCAUUGUUCGCUAUUUAUUAGCCAACUGCCUUCAACUGCAAGAGUUGACAUUGUGUGGCUGGACCACUUUAUCCGAUCAUGCGUUCAAGACCGCCGAUCAUCCCUUAAAAUUGGAGCGUCUAGAGCUGAUUGGUGCUGCCAAUCAAACAAACUACACAUCGAUCGAUGCAAGUACACUUGGAAAACUGCUUACGCACUGCACAGAACUGUCGGAACUACUCCUCAGCUGUCAAAUUCACAUUCAUGCUCAAGCUUUGCUGAAAGAACUCGAAUCAUCUCCGCCAAAGAAGCUCCGAUCGCUGACACUGGCCACACGGCGAACAUGGUCCAGUCAGCACAUCACGGAACUUCUAGCUUUGUGUCCGGCUAUUCAGCAAGUGGGUCUGCUUCCAGCAGCAGCUGCAGGAUUCAAUCUCGAGAGUGAACAGAAACUAAACGUUGGCAACUGGAUUGCCGAUAAAACUCAAGUUGCCAUUGAUCAUUCCGUUAUUCACCAGCAGGAAGACGAGCCCAUUCCUUCCGAAGGAAUCAUCAUUUAUCGCACGUGAUCUCUCUAAAAUCCCACUUUCUUUUUCGUCAUUUAUUCCAAAUCGCAUCCUACUGAUCAUUUUUAAUUCCCAUCUUCCGUGUACAUAUCAUAAAAUUCAUCGUUUUUUUCAUGUGCGUGAACUGUCGUCAAUUCACUGACUCACUCGCACAAAAAUAAAAACUCAACCAGCCAUCGUAUCUUCAAUGCGUA